UCCUAUUCACCAGCACACAUCCAGAUGGCUGAGAGAGGACGGCUAAAGAAGAAAAACCUCUUCUGACUAUAUACCGUGUGCGUAUUUUCUUGUAGGUGUGACGUCUGAUUAGUUAAACAACUUUGUGUUUAAUUUGAAGUUGAGCUUUCUGGCUUUUUUGUUUCGGGUUUGCAUAAAGCGGAUUAAAGUGUAACUUUGUGUGCGGGUGGCCAGGCUAAAAAAAAAUGACAGCAAUGCUAUGCUCUGCUCUGUAGUCCAACCUCUAACAUGACCAUGGGGAUCUCUGGGAGCAGAGGGAAAAAAGUGGCACCUGCAUCUGUGACUGAGGGGGACCCAAGCACUCAAAUGCUUAAGUGUCAAACCUCCAGCAUUGGUGUUUCUCCAAAAAACACCCAGAAGGAUCAACUCAGCAACAGGAAAGUCACUGUGGUUUCAGCGGAUAAUGAAAACCUGGAAGAGGAAUUGAACCGAAUUCUUGAAGCAUGCAAAAACACAGAGGAUCCACAGAAGGGGAUUCAGAAAUGUUCAGUGUACAUGUGUGGAAAUUACACCUUCUGUUACAACCAAAGAGACCAACGCAGCACACAAACUGAGAGCGCAUGCAAAGCUGAUGUUAUUCUACCCAAUGAUCUGCUCAAGCCUGUCGGAUUUGAAGACCAAAUGGAUAUCUGUACCUUCAAUAUGCUAAACAAGCCCCAGAAACAGUGUUUGUCUCCACAGACUGUAAUGACAGCAGGGAAAGCAGAUCCCAUAUGCACAGAGACAAUUCAUGUUCCAGGUAUUUGUGAUGAUGUUUCGCUGGCUUCGCCUGUGUCAUAUGAUCCAUUGGAAGAAGACUUGAUGAGUGCAAUAGAGAGAGAGUUUGGGUAGCAUAAUUCUUAGCUAGUAUGUCUUGGGUUUAAUUUGGAAACAGUUGCUUUACAAAAACCAGACAGUACCUUAAUGCAAAAUACAGAUGUCAUUUUAUAGGCUACAAAUCUUGCCUUGUCAUAAAUCAUCUCUUUGACUGUGUCUUUCUGUUUUUCGAAAUUCUUGUUUUGUACUUCUGUUGUUUUGUCUAGUAUUUAUGCUCCACCUGGAUGCAAAGCCUUAAAUCAGAUUAAAUCAUCAUUUAUGGUACACAGGAUAAAAGAUUCAGUAUUUUCGGAAACUAAUUUCAGUAAAAAAAAAAAAGUUUCCAUGGCUGGAAUGUAUGUUUGAGUUCCAUUUCAGCAGUGUUCUUCAGCCUUGUAAAAUGCACAUUAACAUUGUGUAAGAUAAGUUUCUAUAUUAAGGCUCCUUUUCUCAACCUCUAGUGCAUACUGGCAUAUGCAAAAUAUACAAAAUCAUACCUGUCUUCAUCUUAUGCUAAAAUAAUGGGAACAACACAUACUGCUACAAGAAAAAAUCUGGUUAUGAGUGAGAAUAAACUAUUUGAUUCAAUUUUAAUAAUUUCAACUUCUUUCUAUCCUUCCAUCCUUGACUUUUUCCUUUAAGGUUUGCUUGUUUGCCGUACCUCAUGCAUGUGACAUCAUACCAGAUCCAGAACUAGACCAGUUGCCAUUCUUUAUGUACAGUUGCCAUUCUUUAUGUACUAUUACAGACAAUUGUUGUUCAUAGGAAUGCCACACUAGCCAAGGUAACAAAAAUUGGAGGACAGUUUUAUUAGCUUUCUGUUGUUUUUAGCUGUCCAGCAGGGAGACAGAGCUACACUUGGUUAAAGAAAAGAAGGAACUCUUGACCGUUUUAUCCUAUAAGCUUGCUGAUUUAAAGUAGAGACAGGGUUUUAAAUGGGCCUGGGCUAUAAUUAAGCUUUAUUAGAGUUAUUUUUCCGAUCUAGUUUUCUCGUUGCUCCAGUUAUAGCAUGCAUGCUAAAUGGCUAAUCACACCAGUUUGAGUGCAUGCACAGCAAACACAUUAGCAGUGGUGAAUGAAGUACACAAAUCCUUUACUUGAGUGAAAGUAGAGAUACUCUGUGGAUGUUGAAUAUUACUCCAGUAAAGCUAGAAAUCCCCCAUCUGAAAUCCACCGUUGUACAAAUGUACUUGCAUUCAAAUGUAACCAAGUAUUAAAUAAAAAGACUAUGAUUCA